AUGUUAGACCUAAAAGAAGCUAAGAGAGUUGCCUCUAUUUCACAUAAAACUGGUCUAUUCGGUUUUCUAUCGAGACUUUUAGAGCAUAUAUCCUUACAAUUCGUUUUAAUCUUUACCGCCUUAUCAACUGGCAUCAUCUCUGCAUUACUUGACGUUAUAAUUGAUUGGUUAGCUGACAUUAGAUCUGGACAUUGUACUACCCACUUUCUUUUAUCCUUUAAAGCAUGCUGUCCACAACAACACACAUGCGAUCAAUGGUUGACGCACGCACAAUCAACGAACUAUUUCAUUGCCUUCAUCAUUUAUACCACAUCUGCUAUCCUUAUGGCAAUCAUUCCAGCCCUUUUAGUCACUAAACUCGCUCCUCUCGCUUUUCAUACGGGUAUACCAGAGAUUAAAGCAAUCCUUGGUGGAAUUACUAUAGAUGGCUUCUUGUCGCCCGUCACCCUCCUAGUCAAGGCCAUUGGUCUUUGUUUCUCCGUUUCUUCUGGUCUCUCACUCGGAAAGGAGGGCCCUUUGAUACACGUUACAUGUUGUCUCUCUGAACUCUGGAUGUCUUUACUUAGACUUCUGAGAAUUGGUGAUUGGACGUACUCUGAAUUGCGCAAGAGACAAAUAUAUUCAGCAGCUGCAGCUGCUGGUGUUAGUGUAGCUUUUGGUGCACCAUUGGGAGGCGUAAUGUUUGCUCUGGAAGAACUAAACAUGCAUCUUUUCCCUACGAACACACUUUGGCAAGCGUUUGUUUGCGCAGCUCUCGCAGCUGUAACUCUUCAAUGGUUUAAUCCUUUCGGGACAGGAAAACUUGUCCUUUUUAGUGUCACUGCAAAUCAGCCAUGGAAGCAGUUCGAGUUGGUCUUUUGGCUUCUCUUGGGUGCUCUCGGUGGCUUACUAGGUGUUGCUCUUGUUAAGCUUAACAUAAAGAUAGCAAAUAUACGCAAGAAAUCAAUUUUGAAGAGUUUUCCAAUCGUCGAAACAACCGUUGUUGCAAUCGUUACCGCUCUUUUGAGUUAUUCAAGUAUAAUUACGAGAGUACAAAAUUCAUCGCUCGUCUCUGCACUUUUUCAAGAAUGCAGCACCGAACCAGAUAUGCACAUAUCUGCUGUCAUUUGUGACAGUAAAAGGAGAGGCCUCAAUGUCGUUCUACUUGCCGUAGCUGCGAUUUUCAAACUUUGCAUGACGGCUUAUACUUUUGGUAUUACAGUACCGGCGGGUAUUUUUCUUCCUGGAUUGGCAAUUGGCGCAUGCGCUGGUCGGAGUCUAGGAGGAUUGCUAAAAAUACUAGAAGACCAAUUUCCUGGCUUGGGUGUUUUUGCUGAUUGUCAUAGUGGUCAAGGAUGUAUUCUACCGGGUUUGUAUGCCACUGUUGGAGCUGCUGCUACUCUUGCUGGUAUUACCAAAAUGACUGUGUCACUCGUCGUUAUCGUCUUUGAACUCACGGGAGCGCUCUCACAUGUCGUUCCAAUCAUGAUAGCUGUUAUGACUGCGAAAUGGGUCGGUGACGCAUUCGGGAAAGAAGGAAUCUAUGAUGCCUGGAUUAAUCAUCAGAAAUACACAUAUUUACCACAAGUCGACUUCAAAAUUAAUGGUGUGAUAUCUGAAGAUAUUGCUGAUUUAGAAACGUCAACGUUGGAUGUUUCAGGUGAUACACUUCAUGAUCUUAUAGAUUUGUUCAAUAAAGAUACACCUAACCUGGACGGCUACUCAAUUGUCAAAGGCGAUGAUAGGUUGUUUGUUGGUUGGAUAAAUCGAAAAGAUUUCAGCGCCCUAUUAAAUAGCAUUGAAGACACCGAAUACGACACACCCUUCACAUUUGAAAGUAAUGCACUAUCCAAAGAAGAGAGCGCAUUGGAUUUCAGUAGAUUCGUCGAUACGUCACAGCUAUUUUUCUAUCCACAGACGCCAGUGGAGAUUGUGGUAUCGACAUUUCAGAAGAUGGGUGUAUCCCGAGUAUUUUUGGUCACACAAGCAGGUUCUUUUGUUGGCAUAAUUGAUCGGGUGCGGGUAUCAGAGUUAAUGAUGAACAAGCUCCAUAGCAAUGAUGAGAAACAGACAAAUUUGUUGUCUCUCUUGAGUUGUUUAAGACCUAGGAGGAACAGAGAGAAUGAGUAUUACGAACUCGAAGUAUCGUAGUAUUUGUGGAUCUAAUAUGAUAUAUAGAAAGAAGUAAGAAAGAUUACAGUUUCUGCUAAUGCUGUUUUUAUGUUGUUAAAGUUAUAUCCAUGGUUGUUAAGGACUAGAUUGUUUGCUCUUGUACUUUCUCAGCUUGCUCGAGCUUCUUCUUCUCCUCUUGCUUGUGCAUGAAUAUUCUUGCGAGUUGGGUGAGACCAGUGCAGCCGACACCGAAGUUUACGGCCGCGAGAGAGUAGUUGACAGGAGUGAUAACGAGAGAGUACCUAACCCAGAUG